AAAAAAAAAAAAAAUACGAAAUCGAACUACCAGUAAAAUAGAGUUUUGCUUAAAUAACUGUUCAGAAAAUGGCACUUUUCAUUGGAAGGUUAUCAUUGGAUACCCACCCACGAGAUCUUGAACAUAUCUUUGACAAAUAUGGGCGUCUUAAUCGGUUGGAAGUAAAACGAGGUUACGCUUUUGUUGAAUAUCAGGACGAGAGGGAUGCAUCCGAUGCAAUGAAAGAAACUGACGGUUUGCGAGUGCGCGGAAAUCGUAUUGUUGUUGAGUGGGCAAAAAAUGGUGGGAGAAAGCCAGCCGAAAAUCAAUGCUUCAAAUGUGGUAGAGAAGGUCAUUGGGCAAAGGACUGUCGUUCGAGUCGUAGAGAAAGGCGAAGGAGCAGGAGUCCAAGAAGAAGAUCUCGUUCUCGUUCUCGUUCUCGUUCUCCCAGGAGAUCACUAACACCAAGACGUGAUCGUGAUGAUCGUGAUGAUAGGUAUUAUAGGAGAUAUUCUGACGAUGAAAGAGAUAAACGGCAUAGUCACGAAGACAGAAGAUAUUCCACGGACAGAUCCUCUAGCGAACGAGGUCAAGGUUAAACUGAUUUACUACAUCGUGAUACGCUUUAAAUGUGUUGUAUAGUUAUGUUAUUUGGAUGAGCAUUUAGGUGGUGAUUUUUUUUUCUUUUUCCAUCCAUUCAAUGUAUUAUACUUGUAUGUUAAAAUGUGAUAUUAUCAAUAUCAUUACUUUCAUACUAAAUCUCGGAACCAUUAAUAUAAUAGUUUUCUUUAUCGAAAAUAAUAAAUUCCGAGAUAUUUACCUGAAAAAUAAAAUUAGAUGUCCUC